UCACACCAAGGCGUUGUAAGCGAAAUCCCGAAGCAUCCACUCUGACAGAAAAUAUGCGACCACUGGAAUUUGUCACCUUUGCCUGCGCGCUCUGCCGAAUGGUUCUCACGUCCCCAGUUCCGUAUAAUCAGGAUAAUUUACAGAUGGAUUCUACUAGGAUGGAAAAGAUGGAAGAAUUAAAUAACGCGGUACGAGAACAGGCAAUUGAACAACUUUUGGAAGUUUUCGGAAUGCCCAACCGACCUCAACAAGCAAUGCAUCGACACUCUCCUCCCCAGUUUAUGGUAGAACUUUACCGAAGUAUCGCGGAUGACAGCGGCAUUACGAGAGCACCCAAUCCAUACCACGCCAAUAUUAUAAGAUCCUUUCCCGACAAAGGACAAAUGACAAAGACGCAUUUCUUUUUUAAUGUUUCAACUGUGCCCCAGAGCGAAGAUAUGCUCCAAGCCGAAUUGCAUCUUUUCAAACUUAAACCUAAAGGCCGUCUUGAGGACAGCAGAAGACAACAUUUUUUCGAGGUUCAUAUUCACCAACUACUAAGUGAAGAAUUAUCUCUAGAAAAAUCCAAGAUGAUUGGCGCAAGACUCGUUGGUGCACACGGUACAGGAUGGGAAGUCUUUAGCAUAACGCCAGCGGUUAAAUCAUGGCGUGAAGAUCCAUCCUCAAAUCACGGUUUGAUGGUUACUGUGUCAACGAUGACUGGCAUCACAACACUAGAUAACUCAGUUAUUCGCUUUGCAAAAAAGAAGGAACAUCACAGCAGUAAGCAACCAAUCUUGGUCACGUUUACAAACGAUGACAGCAAACAAGUGGAAUCCAGGGUCACAGAAGGCAGUGGUGGAACUACUGAUUAUGACUAUACUUACGACUACAUCAUGCAGACGUACGGCGACAUGAUACACGCUACCAGAACCAACACCGAGAAGCAAAGUAUUAACAAACCUAAUGUGAAUACCAAUAGAUAUGAUGAAAGCAUUCGCAGGAAGAGACAAGCAACAGAAGACGAGACAGCAAGUCAGCCCAUGCCAACAAAACAAUACAAGACACCAUGCUCAAAACAGAAACUUUACGUAGAUUUCGAAGAGAUUGGUUGGUCAGGGUGGAUCAUUUCUCCACGAGGGUACAACGCAUAUCACUGCAAAGGAGAAUGCCCGUUUCCACUUGGGCAGACAUCAAAACCGACCAAUCAUGCUACAGUGCAGAGCAUAGUCAAUGCACUGAAGCUGGGAGACGAAGUAGCCAUGCCAUGUUGUGUACCCGAUAAACUAUUUUCCAUCAGCUUGUUGUACUUCGAUGAAGAUGACAAUGUAGUGCUUAAGCAAUAUGACGAUAUGGUAGCAGCAAGCUGUGGCUGUCACUGAAUAUUUAAACCUGUCAGGAAUUUAGCUAUCAAAAAAAAAUGUAAAACAUUUUUUUACAUUUUUAUAAAUGUCACCAGCAUUUCCAUCUUGAAAUGUCACAGAAGUUAAUUCUGGGAUAAACAGAGAAUUA